AUAAAAGGAGAUUUGAAUUGAAAAACCCCACUCCUUCCCACACUAAACCCUAAUAAGAGAGCGCCCCAACGACCUUCUCUGUACAAGUCGAAGCUUCAAUGUCUCACUCAGCCAACCCACCUUCCAAUCCCAGUAACUUCUUUGUAUGGAGGGAAUUUGUAUGGGGAGCUAUGGCUGGGGCUUUUGGGGAAGGAAUGAUGCAUCCAAUUGAUACUGUGAAGACCCGAAUUCAAAGUCAAGCUAUUUUAAGGGGAGGCCAGAACCAAAAAACUAUAAUUCAGAUGGUGCAUACAAUCUGGGCUGCUGAUGGGUUGAGAGGAUUUUAUAGAGGUAUAACUCCUGGGCUAACCGGUUCUCUUGCAACCGGAGCAACAUAUUUUGGUGUCAUCGAGUCCACCAAAAAAUGGAUUGAAGAAUCACAUCCCAGCCUUGAGGGCCACUGGGCCCAUUUCAUUGCUGGAAGUGUUGGAGACACACUUGGCUCUUUUGUAUAUGUUCCAUGUGAAGUGAUGAAGCAACGCAUGCAGGUCCAAGGCACAAAGACAACUUGGAGUUCAGUUAUCAUAAAUGGUACUGCCCAUACAAGACCUGGUCCACAAAUGUAUGGUUAUUAUGCAGGAAUGUUUCAGGCUGGCUGUUCAAUAUGGAAGGAGCAGGGCCUAAAAGGAUUAUAUGCAGGAUAUUGGUCUACACUUGCCAGGGAUGUGCCAUUUUCUGGGCUCAUGGUAACUUCUUAUGAAGCUCUAAAAGAUUUAGCAGAGCAUGGGAAGCAAAAAUGGAUACCCAAUUCAGAUUAUAAUGUGAAUAGUUCUGUUGAGGGACUCGUGUUGGGAGGAUUAGCUGGUGGUUUUAGUGCAUAUCUAACCACUCCUUUGGAUGUCAUCAAGACAAGAUUGCAAGUGCAGGGAUCAAAUUCAAGCUACAAUGGCUGGUUGGACGCAAUUCACAGGAUAUGGAUGACCGAAGGUGUCAAAGGAAUGUUCAGAGGGAGCAUUCCCAGGAUUGUAUGGUAUAUUCCAGCCUCUGCUCUUACAUUCAUGGCCGUGGAGUUCCUUAGAGACCAUUUCAAUGGAGGACUCAACAACAAUAACAUGCGGGAAGUUUCAAGCUUGUCUAUAGACAAAAAGGGAUCUUCUCUACAAGAGGUGGCUUAGAACCUGCUAUCAACUCUAAUCCAUUUCCCGUCCAUUUUUAUAAGAGAUGGGCAUAACAUCAUAUCUAAAUCGACAGAUUACACAGAUACACCCAAUUGUUUUUUUCUCAAGAGGAAUCCAAACCAUGAACAUGGAAACAACACUAGAGAUUGAUAUAUUGAUAUGUUGGAAGAAAAUGUGAUCUUCCAUGAGGGAAAAUGUAAAGGGGAUGGUUAGUACAAUUGUACCAUCUUCAUUUUUCUGUACUGUGAACAUAUUCCCAUAUUGGGUACCAAAAUUUUCUGUCCUUGAGCUUCAAUGAGGAACAAUCUACGAUAAUUUCUACUGUGA